CCACUUCCUGUUGAUAUUCACCGGCAUCAAAACCGAAACUGCGUGAAGCGUUCAAUGAUUUAAUAUUGUGCUUUGUUCUGAACGUUGAUAAGUAAGGGAUUCAAUAAUUUAGACUCAUAGAGAAUUUAAAUUUACAGGAAUAAAAGCUUUUUGAUAUGGCAGCUCUAAGUCCAGAUGACCCCUGCUCAUUUGCCAGACCUGAUGAAUGUAAAGUGAUCAAUCUGGAUUUGAAUCUGGAGGUGGAUUUUGACUCAAGGAAGCUUUGUGGCUAUGUGGACUUAGCAGUGGAGAGAAUGAAAGAUGGAGUCCAGAACUUGGUCUUAGACACAAGAGAUAUCACCAUUAAUAAAAUCACGGAUGCUGAUAACUGUCAGGAACUGAAGUUUACCUUAGGAGAAAAGACAGACAGUUUCGGAUCCAAGCUGGAAGUGCAACUUCCUGUCUCUUCAUCAAAAAGCAACAAGAUUCGAGUGCAUUAUGAGACUUCCCCUCAAUGCUCCGCUCUCCAAUGGCUGAGACCUGAACAAACAGCUGGAAAGAGGCAUCCAUACCUGUUUAGUCAAUGUCAGGCUAUCCAUGCCAGAAGUAUGGUGCCCUGCCAGGAUACGCCAGGCAUUAAGGUGCCUUACACUGCCAAGGUGACUGCUCCGAGAGACAUCACCAUUCUGAUGAGUGCAGUAAGGUCAGAACCAGAGCCUCACCCGUCCGACAGUGGUAAACUGGUUCACCAGUUCCUGCAGAAAGUUCCCAUCCCCACUUACCUCAUUGCUAUUGUAGGAGGGGAUUUAGAGUCUCGGACAAUUGGGCCACGAUCGAAAGUUUGGACUGAGAGGGAAAUGAUAGAAGCAGCAGCUUUUGAGUUUUCUGAGACAGAGAAGAUGCUUCAGACGGCCGAGGCCCUAAUGGGGCCAUACAUCUGGGGUCAGUACGACCUACUUGUACUGCCGCCGUCCUUUCCCUAUGGUGGGAUGGAGAACCCAUGUUUGACCUUUGUGACCCCAACUCUCCUGGCUGGGGACAAAUCGUUAGCUGAUGUGGUGGCUCAUGAGAUUUCCCAUAGCUGGACAGGGAACCUUGUCACCAACAAAAACUGGGAACACUUCUGGUUAAAUGAAGGUCACACCAUGUUUGUGGAGAGAAAGAUCACAAAGGCUUUGCAUGACAGUGAGGUUCUUCGGCAGUUUCGAGCUUUGGCGGGGUUUAAAGAACUGAAGGAAGAAAUUGAAGUAGUGUUGAAGAAUGGUCCGUACACUCGGCUGAUCCCUGACCUCAAAGGAGUGGAUCCGGAUGAUGCGUUCUCCAUUGUUCCGUAUGAGAAGGGCUUCACUCUGUUAUUUUAUCUGGAGACUCUGCUUGGGGGUCCAGAGGUUUUUGAGAAAUUCCUGCGAGCGUACAUAGAGAGUUUCAAACAGCAGUCUAUUGACUCGGACCAGUGGAAAGAGUUCCUCUACUCCUACUUCCAAGACAAGAGGGAGGUUCUAGAUGGUGUGGAGUGGGACAAGUGGUUCUACAGUGAGGGCAUGCCCCCAGUGAUACCAAAAUAUGAUGACAGUUUAGCAGUACCCUGUAAACAACUUUGUCAGAGAUGGUCGACCUCUGGGGACCAAGACCUUGACCAGUUUGCCCCCAGUGACCUGACCUCAUUGACCUCUGUACAGGUCGUGGAAUUCCUGGCUCUCCUUGUGGAACAGCCCCCAUUGUCCCUCAUCAAAGUUCAGAAGAUGAACGAGCUGUAUAAAUUGAAUGAUGUGAAGAACUCAGAAGUCAGAUUCAGAUGGUUGAGGCUGUGUAUUAAGGCUCAAUGGAAAGAGGCCAUUCCUAGAGUCUUAGACUUCGUCAACGAGCAGGGGAGGAUGAAAUUUGUCCGACCACUGUACAGAGAUCUGUAUGGCUGGGAAGAUGCCAGACCAACAGCCAUUGAAAACUUUAAGAAACACAGAGACGAGAUGCACAAUACCACAGCCACCAUGUUGGCCAAAGACCUCAAACUUAAUAUCUAGAGCUAAGCGUCAAAUGCUGUGGCAAAUUGGGCACAAGAUGAUAGCAAGCAAUGAAUAUGCAUACUUGGCUGUAAUAGUUUGACUGGUGAUCAAACAUUGGAUAUUAAAAAAAAUUGAGAAUCUCUUGAAUACAAACAGCUGAUUUGUAAUCUGUUAAUACAGUGAUGUACAUGUAUAUUAUAUAAUUUUAUAAUGACACUGUCUUAUUUUGAUAAUUUUGAAAUUGUGAGUGAUUUUUUUGCAAAUAUAUACACAUAUUUGUGAUGAUAAAAUUUGAUUGUUUUAGUAGAUAGUACAUGUACUGAUAACCUCAACCCACUGCUUUAUUUAUGCAAAGCUAUGGGAAUGCAUGCACGCAUGAUACUACAUGUAUUGAUAAAUAUUAUGCUUAUCAGCUUAUUCAUAUUUUUUUUUAGUGUUAUGUUUUACAACAUAUGUUACAUGUAUUCAGACUUUUGAUUUGAUUUUCUGUGAUAUUGUUGUGAUCUCUUGCUAUGAUAUCGUAUAAUUAUCAGAUCAUUCUAUAUACAUCGAAUCCUUAGUAAAUGUGCAUUUAAAGUACCUCACUACAUCUAGAUUUAUACUUUUUAAGAGACUACAUCAGAAGAUGACAAUUUAAAUUUUUUUUUUAAACUAAUUUUAUCACUGGAUUUGGUCGAAUAUCAUCAUAGCUCAGUGGGUAAAGUGUUGGGCUUGUGAACCACAAGGUCAUGAGCUCAAAUCAGCCUGGGAUUUUUAUUCAUACUUUGAAUUACGUUUUUAGGAAUAGUUUUUUCUAUCCAAAUUUGCAUAUACAUGUACUUCUUUUCCAAUUUCACUUACCCAUUAUAUUCUUCUUAUGCUAUCUAUCAUAAUAAAGUAAUUUUCUGCUAAUUUGAGAAUUUUUUUUUAGCUGUAGUACAUAACAUGGCACAUUUAUGAAUACUAUUGUAUUACAAAAUUAGGAUUACCACCGUUUGAUUAAUAAAUAAAAAAGAGUAUAUUUGAGAAAAUUUA